AUGCCUAAGAUUUCUUCGGAGAUAGCUGCGUCCAUUGCCGAGUCAGUCGCCAAGGGAUUCGAUGACCAGCUUGCUUAUACUCAACUGCUGAUCAGGACUGGCGGCCAGCGCGGUCAAGAAUUCGAAGUUCAGUCCUUGGUGUAUGACCAAUUCUCGGAGCGCGGAUAUAAUCCCGUGAAGCUCGAAAUGGACGAGAAACUCCUGUCGCAGCAUGAAGGAGCAGGCCGGUUUAGUGCCGAGCACUCUAAGGCACCAAUCGUUGUUGGAGUACAUGAACCCAAAUUCCAGGCUAAGGAUGGCAAGAGUCUUAUUCUCAACGCGCACAUCGAUGUGGUUCCAACAGGACCCAUUGAUCUCUGGACUCGCGAUCCCUAUAGUGGUGAUAUCGAAGGCGAUCGGCUUUAUGGCCGAGGAGGCGCUGAUAUGAGAGCUGGAAGUGCAGCGAAUCUUUUCGCGUUGGAUGCCCUUCGCCGAAUUGGAAUGCAGCCCGCCUCUAAAGUAAUCUUAGAGUCGGUUGUUGAGGAGGAAUCAACUGGAAAUGGAACGCUUUUGACCCAUUUGAAAGGAUACCGGGCGGAUGCAGUGAUCAUUCCAGAGCCUAUGGACGAGAAGCUCGUACGUGCAAACACAGGUGUCCUGUGGUUUCAGAUUGAGGUCAAGGGAAUUCCAGUUCAUGUAAGGGAUAUGUCCACCGGUACGAAUGCCAUCGAUGCAUGUUGGAGGGUAGUAGGAGGAUUGAGAGAACUGGAAAAGGAGUGGAAUGAGAACAAAGUUGGCAGACUGCAUUUUGAAAACGAGAACCACCCAUUGAACCUGAAUGUUGCCAAGGUCAAUGCUGGCGACUGGGCUUCAUCAGUACCGGCCUGGUGUCGCAUUGACUUCCGUAUAGCUAUAUUCCCUGGCGUCAGUGCAAAGGCAGCCGCGGAAGAAAUCGAAGCCAAGGUCAAGAAAGUUGCAUGCAACGAUGCUUUCCUCAGCAAAAAUGCACCUACGGUGACAUGGAACGGAUUCUUCUCGGAAGGAUAUGUCCUUGAACCCAAUAGCGAGGCAGAAAAAACUCUUCAAUGGGCCCACCAACAAGCCACAGGGGAUGAACUUCAAUCGUUUACGACUGCCGCAUAUCUUGAUACCCGCAUCCAUUCCCUUUACGACAAAAUCCCGGCUUUAUGCUACGGUCCGAUCAGCAGUAACAUCCACGGCUUUGACGAGUGGCUGAGUGGUGCGGGGUGGAGUCGAUUGAAUGAACAGGCUCCUUUGCCUGUGUUCGUUCAAAGGAUCAUGUUGCUGAGCCACCGUGAGAAUGGUAUCCCUUAUUUCUCGUUGCGGAAGUACCGCCUGGUAGAGGCCAUUGGCAAAAAUUUUAGUGCUGGAUUUGAAAUCAAUGCUACGUCGUAG